AUGCUUUUGGGUGGCUUUCUGCUUCGUACCUUCGGCGUUCUAGUCACUCUGCCAGUGGUCCAUUCGAUCAACUACGACAUUUCAGUGCCGGUACGUUUCGUCAACUGGACAACUGGUCUGCUGGCUGAUGAUCUGCCAUUGGUCUGGGCCGAUUCGCAGAAUGCUCGCGAGGCAGGCUACCUCCAACCGGGCGCCUUAGGCGGCGCCUGGUCACCUCCGGAGCCUGGCUCGAUGCUCGAUUCCGUGAACGCCAAGGCCUGGACGCCGACGACAACUAUAGCCUCUCUGAAGGCAGCUAGUCCACUGGGCACCGAGAAGGGGCCCAGGGAUUUGGCGUUGGCGUUUGCUUCUCUCUGCAGACCGAACGCCGACUUGUCGAGUGUGCUUCGUCAAUUGGCUUUGGCCACUAUCCUCACGCGAGCCGGACUCGGUCUCGAUCCUGCGGUGUUAAAAGCUGUCUGCGGUAAUGUCUUUCGGCUCGCCUUCAUCCCAUGCUUCUCAGAAGCGGCGGCUUCAGCAAUUGUCGGUCGGUUUCUGCUCGGCUGGGACUGGGCCUGGACCCUAAUGCUCGGGUAUGAUUUCAUGUAG